AUGGUGGCAGAGCUAUCUAUCUUUAUUACUUUUACUUUGAAUGAUUUGUCACGGAACAGACUGUCAGAGCUUCCAGCAGAAGCAUGUCACUUUGUCUCCCUCGAGAGUCUUAAUUUGUACCAGAACUGCAUUCGAUACAUCCCAGAGGCUGUUUUGAACUUACAGUCUUUAACAUUUCUAAAUAUCAGUCGAAACCAGCUUUCAACAUUGCCAGUACACCUCUGUAGUCUACCACUAAAGGUUUUGAUAGCAAGUAAUAAUAAGUUGGUUUCAAUACCUGAAGAAAUUGGACAGCUCAGACAGCUGACAGAGCUUGAUGUGAGCUGUAAUGAAAUACAGACAAUACCUCCACAGAUUGGCAAUUUGGAAUCCUUGCGGGACCUAAAUGUCAGAAGAAAUAAUUUGGUGCGUUUACCUGAAGAGCUCGCUGAGUUGCCUUUGAUUCGAUUAGAUUUCUCCUGCAAUAAAAUAACAACAAUACCAGUUUGUUAUAGGAACCUCAGACAUCUGCAGACCAUCAUGUUAGAGAACAACCCUCUCCAGUCACCCCCUGCACAGAUAUGUAUAAAAGGAAAAAUUCACAUAUUUAAAUACCUGAACAUAGAAGCAUGCAAGAUAGCUCCAGACUUGCCUGAUUAUGAUAGGAGACCCAUGGGAUUUGGAUCUUGCCAUGAGGAACUCUAUGCUGGCCGGCCGUAUGGAGCACUUGAUUCUGGCUUCAAUAGUGUGGACAGCGGAGACAAAAGAUGGUCAGGGAAUGAACCAACAGAUGAGUUCUCAGAUCUCCCUUUACGUGUGGCAGAGAUCACUAAAGAACAGAGACUGCGAAGAGAAAGUCAGUAUCAAGAAAACCGAGGGAGCACGGUCGUAACAAAUGGUGGAGUGGAACAUGAUCUCGAUCAGAUCGACUAUAUCGAUAGCUGUGCCACAGAAGAGGAGGAGGAAGAGGUGAGGCAACCCAAGUGCAUGGAGUCAGACAGCCUCAGCUCACAAUUCAUGGCAUAUAUUGACCAGCGGCGAAUCUCUAAUGAGGGCUCACCAGCAAAGCCUGUAUCCAUCAGAGAAUUUCAGAGAACAGAGGAUACAAGACGAUAUUUACAUCAGAACAGGGAUACUGAUGAAUUACGAAGACCUGAAACUCUAAAUUUGAUGCAGGACAGAGAGCGUCACCAAGUACUAAGGAGUUAUGUGGACAGGACAGAGAGACCCCUGGCUGAUUCACCUUACUUCCUCUCUCUAUCAAGUCACCACAGUCAGGUGCCUAAUACAGAUCCCGAGCUGCACCGCAGACACAUAGAGCGUACCCGUCGGGAGGCCCAGCUAGCAGCGCUUCAGUACGAGGAGGAGAGGAUGAGAACAAAACAGAUCCAGAGAGAAGCUGUCCUUGACUUUGUUAAGCAAAAAGCAUCCUUAAGUCCUCAGAAGCAAAGUCCUCUGGAUAGUGAGUGUCCCUUUCCAUCCAGAAGGUCUCAGCAUACUGAUGAUAGUGCCUUGUUAGUGAAUGGCUUUGAGCCUCUCUUUGUGUUUGAGAUUGACAAUAACACCAAUACCAUUAAAAGAAGGCCAGGGACUCGCAAACAGAGUGAUGACAGAUCUACCAUCUCCCCCGGCUCACCUACCACUCAGACAGUCCACCUUUCCCCUCCAUAUCCUGGCCAUGCAGCCCCACCUUCCUAUAGAAACCCUUCCCAGCGACCUGAGAGUUUCCUUUUCCGAGCAGCUGUCAGGGAUGAAGCAAACAAAGCUGUUACUUCAUCUUCUACCCGUGCCUUGUCUCCUGCUAAUGAUUCUGCAGACCCUAGAGCAAGACAAAACUCCAAACAGCGAGAGGAGGAGCUGGAGCUAAUAGAGCAGCUACGUAAGAAUAUAGAAUCACGGUUGAAAGUGUCGUUGCCCAGUGAUCUUGGAGCAGCUCUCACCGAUGGUGUUGUUCUGUGUCAUUUAGCUAAUCAUGUGCGUCCCCGAUCUGUUCCCAGCAUUCAUGUCCCCUCACCUGCUGUUCCUAAACUUACAAUGGCAAAAUGCAGACGAAACGUGGAGAAUUUCUUGGAAGCUUGCAGAAGGAUUGGAGUGCCUCAGGACAAUCUUUGUUCCCCUUCUGACAUUCUUCAGCUAAACCUCAGCGUUAAAAGAACAGUUGAGACUCUUCUUUCCCUGGGGACAGAUUCAGAAGAAUCCAGUCUUGUCUCCCUUUCCAUUCAGCUCUGGGGCUUUGUGGUGUUUUACUGUACUCUAAUGCUAACGCUCUGUAUGUUCUAUCGCUGGGUCUUUUUUCUCUAGCUGAAGGAUAGUGUUGCUGCUUCCUCCCUCCAUCGCUCCGGUGCUUGGUUUUUGUCAAGACUGUGUCUAUGAAGUGCUUUCUUUCCCACUGAUGGGACAGAGGUGACAAGUGCGAUGUGUAAGCACAUUGGUGCACCCACGCGACCAUCUGUGACAUAAUUCACAUUUGUAUUUGCUGUGUCAUAUUUAGCAGAUGUAACGCAUUUACAAGGGAGGAAGUGCUGUCCGUGGGCUAGAGCAAGGGACUGAGCUUAGGGUGCAUGCUAUAGUCUGCUGACGAGUGAUGUAGUACUGGGAAAACUGCGUUGUCAGUUUGUGCCUCAGUUUCCCCAUCUGUAAAAUGGGAAUUACACCCACUUUGGUAAAUUGCUUCAGGAUUAUCUGAUGAAAAAUGUUAAAGAAUGCAAAGUAUUUUUUUCAACAUCAGUGUUCUUGAUUAGAUUUCACAGUCUUAGGAGACAUGGUCUGGUAAGUUUUGUCCACAGGACUGUUAUGGAUAUAUUUUUUCUUCUUACCCCCCGUCCCUUUUCCCCCUUCUGAGAGCAUUUGACUUCUCGUAUUUGUAGACUCUGGUGUAUGACUUUGAGUCGGGAUUUUUAAAAUAACUGUCAGCGAAUCCUGAGCUACUUGAGCUUCGUAACAGAUCAAGCAGGAAGUUUUCAGAAAACUGACCUCUUCAGCAGCUUUGAGAGAAGCGUUUUCUGGCACAGAAGGAAAGAUCUUUUAAGAUUCUAUCAGAUGCCACAGAAUGUCGUAGCAUUUUACUGUGCUCUGGAUAAAACUUAACAAAAACUUCUCGAGUUGCCACUUGAUUGUGGGCGCCCCAACCCGUGCUUGUUUCAUGCUGAUUCCCUUCUUCCUCUUACCCUGUCGUUUUCAGAAACCUUUGUAUCAUACAAUUGCAGAAAUGUAAGUCCCGGCUGCACGAUCACUCUUCACUGUUUUACAAAACUCAGGUAGUCUUCCGUAAAGCUUCAAAGCUUUUCCCUCCCCAGGAAAAGCAUCCUGGUGCUUUAAUGCUUUAAUGUCUCAGGGACACCUCAGAACUUCAGGGCACUCCCCAUGUGAUGUGUAAAAGACCAUGUCUCCUCAGAGUGUAGAUUGAUUCAGGGAACUCUGCUCAGAGACCAGUGACAGGUAAGUGUUAAGUAAAAUGGCUGUCCCACACGUGUUUUCAAUAAAUUUCUGUUAUAUCUGAAAAUACAGUCAGUGGCUCGUGAGCCCGGUUUAAGUGGCGUUAGCAUUCCGAUGUUAACCUGGCAACAACUCUGAAGCGCGGUUUAAGAUACACAGGAGUUCAGUUGCAAAUGUGGUCGCUACCAGUAAAAUGUGUACAUGGAUCUCACAGGCUCUCGUAACGUAAAGUGAGUAUUUCACAAAGGAGCGAGUAGAGGAGUUGACGCCCUCUUUCCAAAUCACACACAGUGUUCUGUCCAAGCAAAACAUUUUGGAGGAAAGAGGGGACCUUUGACGGGGGAGAUUGUUUUAUUUUUAAAUAAGCUAUUUUUGCACUGCUUACUGGUAUGAACUAAAAUGAACUCAGUUCCUUUGUUUCUUAACUUCUUCUAAUGAACACUGUGAUAAAAGCUGCAAGGGUUUUUACACUAACAGUGCCUUCCAGUUUUUAAAUUUUGUUUGUCGUGACUGUCUGUGGUAUGGAGUCAUUCCAAAGCUUUUCCCCUUAUCUAUUUGCCUACAUAAGAAGAAAGAUAAGGCAUAUUUGCUCAAGUUUACAAGUAUUUUCUCAAAAAGCACACUGUUUUCAAAAUAACAUAAAUUUGCUGGAAGAAAAAUGUAUUUCAGCCUGAUCAUAUGGCUUACUGUGAGAAUUUCAGUCUGGGUUCAUUUGUUUUCUCUCCGCUCUGAGCUUUGCGGCAGGAGCGUUGGCUGCCACUGUUUAUGCUGAAGGAUUUCUUUAACAUCAAAAAUCAGUAAAGAUUCAAAGAGUGGAGAAAUGCAGGUUGCUGUGGAAAUAACCCGUGAAAAAUAAUCUCUGUAGCUCUAUAGGAAGGACAGGCUUUGGUUAUUUUCUACAGAUACAGAGAACUGUUGGACAUGUAUCCUGACUGUUGUGGAGAGAGGAUGGCCAGGAUGUGUCAAGGACUUACGUAGGAUGAGGCUUUAAAUCCAUCUUAGACUGAGAAUAGCACAAUUAUUAAUAAACACUUUGAAACCU